ACCAGGCGGCUGUGGGGGGCAGGGCGCUGCCAAGAUGGCGUCCACCUCCUCCCAGCCGUCGUUGACGGUCGGUUUUCCAUCCUUGGAUCCCGGAGUCCCUUCCUGUACCGCGUCCUCAGCGUCUGGAAUCAAGAGCCCCAUAGCAUCCGAGGUGCUUUAUGCCUCUGGCAUGCCCAUCAAGAAAACAGGCCAUCGAGGUGUCGAUUCCUCAGGAGAGACAACAUAUAAAAAGACACCCUCUUCAGCCUUGAAAGGUGCCAUCCAGUUAGGCAUCACUCACACAGUGGGCAGCCUGAGUACCAAACCGGAGCGUGAUGUCCUCAUGCAAGAUUUCUACGUAGUGGAGAGUAUCUUCUUCCCCAGUGAAGGGAGCAAGCUGACCCCUGCUCAUCACUACGACGACUUUCGUUUCAAGACCUAUGCACCUGUUGCCUUCCGCUACUUUCGGGAGCUAUUUGGUAUUCCGCCGGAUGAUUACUUGUGCUCCCUCUGCAGUGAGCCGCUGAUUGAACUCUGUAGCUCUGGAGCUAGUGGUUCCCUGUUCUAUGUGUCCAGCGACGAUGACUUCAUUAUUAAGACAGUCCAACAUAAAGAGGCGGAGUUUCUGCAGAAGCUGCUUCCAGGAUACUACUUGAACCUCAACCAGAACCCUCGGACUUUGUUGCCUAAAUUCUAUGGACUGUACUGUGUGCAGGCAGGUGGCAAGAACAUUCGGAUUGUGGUGAUGAACAAUCUUUUACCAAGAUCAGUCAAAAUGCAUACCAAAUAUGACCUCAAAGGCUCAACCUACAAACGCCGGGCUUCCCAGAAAGAGCGAGAGAAGCCUCUUCCCACAUUUAAAGACCUAGACUUCUUACAAGACACCCCUGAUGGUCUUUUUUUGGAUGCUGACAUGUACAAUGCUCUCUGUAAGACCCUGCAGCGUGACUGUUUGGUGCUGCAGAGCUUCAAGAUAAUGGACUAUAGCCUCUUGCUGUCAAUCCACAAUAUAGAUCAUGCACAACGAGAGCCCGUAAGCAGUGACACCCUUCAAGUGUCAGUUGACACUCAAAGACUGACCCCCCAAAAGGUUCUGUACUCCACAGCCAUGGAAUCCAUCCAGGGAGAGGCUCGCCUGGGCGACACCAUGGAGACCGAUGACCAUAUGGGUGGCAUCCCUGCUCAGAGUAGUAAAGGCGAAAGGCUUCUGCUUUAUAUUGGCAUCAUUGACAUUCUACAGUCUUACACAUGUCUUAAGAAGUUGGAGCACUCUUGGAAAGCCCUGGUACAUGACGGGGACACUGUCUCAGUGCACAACCCAGGCUUCUACGCUGAACGGUUCCAGCGCUUCAUGUGCAACGCAGUAUUUAAGAAGAUCCCCUUGAAGCCUUCUCCUUCCAAAAAGUUUGGGACUGGCUCAUCUUUCUCUCGGCGUACGGGCUCCAGUGGCAACUCCUGCAUUACUUACCAGCCACUGGUCUCUGGGGAACACAAGGCACAAGUGACAACAAAGGCAGAAGUGGAGCCAGGAGUUCACCUUGGUCGUCCUGAUGUUUUACCGCAGAAUCCUCCUUUGGAGGAAAUCAGUGAGGGCUCACCUAUUACUGAGCCCAGUUUCUCACCUGUAGUUGGAGAGACUUUGCAUAUGCUAACUACAAGUACAACCUUGGAAAACUUGAACGUGCAGAGUCAGAGUUCACCCAUUAAGCGCAAAGCCUCAGAAGACCUGGAACGAGAUUCUGCCUCUCUGUGA